AUGUCGUUUGACCCACACAAUGUCGACCUGGAUACGGCAGACGCCGCCCAGAUUGUAUGCUACCUCAAUGCAGAGGGCAACGAAUAUGAUGGACGCAUGGGUGCCCGCAUCUCUGCGAUCUUUGUUAUCAUGAUCGUUUCAUCCAUCGCCACAUUCUUCCCCGUCCUCGCCCAGCGUGCCCCCCGCCUUCGCAUUCCUCUUUACGUCUACCUUUUCGCCAAAUACUUCGGUGCUGGUGUCAUCAUCGCAACAGCUUUCAUCCAUCUCCUCGACCCAGCCUAUGGUGAAAUUGGCAGCAACUCCUGCGUCGGAAUGACCGGUCACUGGGCUGACUACGCUUGGUGCCCUGCCAUCGUCCUCACUUCGCUCAUGGUGGUUUUCCUCAUGGACUUCGGAGCCGAGCGCUGGGUCGAGAUCAAGUACGGGAUUUGUCGCGAGGAUCCAGAGCCCAUGAUGGCUUCUGGUGCCGAGGUUCACCGUGUUUCGUCCCGCGUGUCGGCACGACACUCCGAUGAUAAGCAGGUUAAGGAGAUCGAGUCCCAGUCCCAAGAGCUUGCUAUCGAGCGCUCGGUCAAGCAGCAGAUUGCCGCCCUGCUGAUUCUGGAGUUCGGUGUCAUCUUCCAUUCAGUCAUUAUUGGUCUUAACCUUGGUGUGGCCGGUGAUGAAUUCGCGACUCUUUACCCCGUUUUGGUCUUCCAUCAGUCCUUCGAGGGUCUGGGUAUUGGUGCCAGAAUGUCCAGCAUUCCCUUCAAGAAGGGCAGCUGGGUUCCUUGGAUCUUGUGUACUGCCUAUGGAUUGACCACCCCUAUUGCCAUUGCUAUUGGACUUGGUCUGCGUGAGACCUACAACCCUGGCUCUUUCACAGCCAAUGUUGUCUCCGGUGUCUUGGACUCCAUCUCUGCUGGUAUUCUUCUCUACACUGGUUUGGUGGAGCUGCUCGCCCGUGACUUCUUGUUCGACCCACACCGCACCCAAGAUGAUAGACGCCUGGCUUUCAUGGUGCUCACUAUGCUUCUUGGUGCUGGUAUCAUGGCCUUGCUUGGAAAGUGGGCUUGA